AUGUCUCCCGCCACACCCAAACUCAAGAUCCAAACCGCGAUACGCCGCUGCGCAUUCAAGGUCCCCAGCAACGCCAAGUAUCAAUGUCAAAAACCCGGUGAACUGAUGCAACUCCAUUUGAAUAUCUGGUAUUGCAGAUUUCAUGAUCGACAUGCAAAAGAUCGGUGCCAGGCAUUUGCCGAGUGGGAGGGGAGUGGCGCGUACGCGCAGUGUACCGGAUUAGCAAAGUUUGUGGACCAUAAAACCAAGAAGAAAGUUUGCGGGCAACAUUAUACGUUGAAGAAGGAGGAGGAGAAAAAAACGAAGAGAAGGGAGGAGGAGAGGCAAAAACAGACGGAAGAAAAGGAACGUAUCAAUGGGGUGGAAAGAAAGGAGGAGAUGGUGACGGAACAGCGACCACUCAAGGUUGCUGAAGAGGAACAGAGUAAUGAAGUGGAAGUUGGACAAGUUGAUAAUACCGAAACAGAAGAUGGACUUGCUGAAGUACACAAGACUGAGGUUACUGGAGAAGGAAGGGUCGAGGAGAAGGAGACUCACGAAGAUCAAGAGAAAGACAUAGAAACUGCUAUAGUGGAGCAGGAUGAAGAUGUGGAUACGGAAGAGGAAACCAUUAACGAGUUGGAAACCAAAGAGGAGGAAGCCCGCGGGGAAGUCGAAAGUGCAGAGGAAGAAACACCCAAAUUUGUCGAGGCGAAAACAAUCGAAGACCCAAAAACGAAAGAGGUCGAGACUGUUGAAAUUGAUGAGGCUAUGAAUGAAGAGAUCGAAGAUACCCAAACGGAAGUAGUCGAAGACGCUGGAGUUGCAGAUCCCGAGCGCACCAAGACAACAGAGUCUGAGACAAAUUCCCACGAAGCCACAACGGAGUUGCAAGAACAGGAGCCGUGUACGUCUUCUGCCACGUCGACGAUUCCUCCAUCACCUGCACCAUCUACCCCGAUAACUGAGUCCGCUCCAGUAGUAGGACCACCAUUGAAGAUACAGACAUCCUUCGAAAAACCGACAUCUCCUCAAAAGCCAACACUAUCUGAAAAUCAAACGCUUGUUUCACCUCGUCGGUCCGUGUUUGCGUCAAGACCUCUAUCGUUUCUACUCCAGAGCCCGAAUGAGGAAUCGAUUUUCGCUGGGAGCAAACACAUCGCGGCGAUGUAUGAACAAUGCAAUGUGUGCCUUGAGAAGCAUAGUGUAGAGUAUAUGCGUCAGGUUGAACCAUGCAAGCAUCGAUAUCUCCAUGCAUGUUUGAAGGCUGCGUUUCGAAAGGGAACGUUCCGCAGGUACAAUUGUACCAGCUGCGAGGCGUGGAUUACGGAAGUGAAGAAAAAGCAUGCUGAGACUUGA